AUUUAAAAGAAUUAGAAUUAUUUAAAAUCAAUGGUUUAGAUCAAAUUAUUGACAUUGAAGAGAAAAAAUAUACAUGGCAAAUGUUGUUAAAUAUUGAUGUAAUUUUUAUAUUUGGUCUUUUACAAAUAAUUGGCGGUGUUAUUCUUGAAUUAUACAGUGUUGGAAUUGGUACUCAUAUUGCAGCUGGUUUAAUAUCAGAAGGAAUUAGUGAUAUUUUUUACACAUUUUAUGCUGUAAAAACUGGCUAUUUUAAUUGGAGUGAUUAUGUCCUAUAUAAAAUAAAAAACAUUAUGAUGACACUUGCAACUGUGGGAAUUGGCGGUCUUAUUGCAAAAGGUGUGAGAUAUUCACGUUUUGGUUCAAAAUUAGUUGGAAAUACUGGAAAUUUGUCAAAACUUUCUGGUAAAAAAUUAUUAGAUGCAGUAAAUACACAAGGAUUGAACGGUAUAAAAAAUAAUGUAUGGAAAAAUGUUUGGGGUAGAGCGGGAAUAAAAAUUUCACAAGGUAUUGCAUUUGGAUUAGCCAAUGCAGGUAUUUCAUUCUUAUCCGAUAAAUUACUUAAAGGAUAUUGUAGUAAAAUUAUUAGUGAAUUAUUUAUAAAAAUUCGAGAAUCAAUUGAAGAUAAGAAAAAACAAAUUUAUGAAUCAUUAAAAAAUAUUUAUAAAAAAUUUGGUCGUCAAAAAACGGUAAAAUGGUUAUCAGAAAUAAAUGAAAUAUUUAAUGCAGAUAAAUGGUAUGAGAGAGCAUAUGAAUGGUUAAAAAUAUUGACAAAUACAAUUGUAUGUGGAAUUAGUAAUGGUAUAAAUAAAAUUAAACAAGCCACUGGAAAUUAUGAUUCUAAUUAUAAAACAACAUUGUUUAUAAUAGCGUUUAAUGCUGUAAUGAAAGGUACGACAUAUGCAAAAGCAAUGUAUAAUGCUAAAAGUCAAACAGAAAAUUUUAUUGAUGAUAUAAUAAAAAAAUUAGAAGAAAAAGUAAAAGAAUGUAAAAAGGAAAAAAAUGAUCAUAAAAAUAUUAAUGAGAAAGAAAUAAAUGAUUUUAUUGAUAAAACAACAGAUGAAUGGUGUAAAACAAUUGAAAUGAAAAUUGAUACAGAUGUAAGAAUAAAAUUAAUUGAACCAAUUUUAUGUGAUGGUGCAAAUAUGAUUAUAAAACAAUUAGAAAAAACUAUAAAAAAAUUUCAUGAACAACGAAAAGAAAAUCAACUUUGGAAAAAAUAUGAACAUAAUAAAAGUAAAUAUGAAAAUAAUAAAAAAAAUUUAACGAAAAAUGAUAAUAAAAGAAAUGAAAAUUCAGAAUAUAAAGAAAUUUUAAAUAAAAUAACAAAAAAAUAUCAUCAAAAUUUAAUGGUUAUUAUGGCAAAAUCAAAAAGUCCAAAAUUAGUUGCACGUAUUGUUGAACAUGGUGGUCCAAUGGAUAUGAUUUGUAUUCAAGCAAUGGCAAAUAAGAUUGGUUAUCCAAUAAAAAUAAAAAAUGCAGAUGGAAUAACAUUUCCGAAUUUAAUUUGUCCAGAAGGAUACAAUAUGAAUAAUAUAACAGAUGCAGAUUGUCAUUCAAUUGAAUUUUAUCCUGGUGAUGGAUUAAAUACAUUUGGACAUUUUACUUCAUCAAAAAAUACAAAUGGAAAUGAAAUUAUUAACAAUAAUAAUAAUGACAAUAAUUGUUUCAUUUAUGGAAUUUUAGGAGGAGAUAAAACAACAAUUGAUGCAAAUGAAGUACGAAAAUCACUUGCAAAAGAAAUAGAAAAUAGUCGCCUUAUUAAGGAUAUGAUUAUUAAUGGUUAUCAUCGUUAUUAUAUAUCACAAUUUGGUUUUGGUAGUCAAUUACCAGAUGAUGUAAGAAAAUUGAAAACGAUGGAACUCCCUGAAAAUUUUGAAAAUGAACUAAUAGGGUUAGUUGGUAAACAUGGUGAUCGCUCAUAUGGAAUGUCAUCGCUAUCUAAAAAAAACGUAAGAAAAUCAGAACAUCUUAUUCCAGCUUCAGCAAUGGAACGAUGGUGUAAAGUAAUGUGCAUUAGACAUAUUAUUGAAACUGAACAUUCUCAGCUAAAUGAAAAUGAAAAAGACCUUUUAUUUAAACAAUUAAUGAAACCAGAAUCAGUAAUAUCAAAAGAGAAAUUAGAUAAAUUUAUGAUAUCACGUGAACAAAUGUUUACAAUUUGUAUGACUUAUACUGCUCAUCAUGAUUCAAAAACAAAUUGGAGUAGUUUUACACAUAAAGGUAGUGAGAAAUGGAAAGAACUAAACGGAUAUAUCGAUGCUUUUAAAAAUUUUGAUGAUAAUCAAAAUUAUCUAGUCUUGGAAAAAUGUAUAAGUCAAUAUUCUCAUCUAUUCGAUGAUCCAAAAUAUCCUAACGUGAAACCAGGGGUUUUGGAAUACUUGACACGAACUAUGAAAGAAACGAAAUUUAUUAAUUUGAAUCAAUUCAAUGAAUUAAAGCGAAGAUUUCAAUUGACAGAUAUUCAAAAUGUUAAUCCGAUGGAUCACAUAUCAAACAAUCAUGAUAACUAUGAAACUGUUUAUAACGUCCUUAAGAGGAGUUUAUCAACAAGUUUACCACGGAAAGAUCGAUCAAGGAGACAUAGAAGUGACUCUGGUAUAGUAUUACCGUAA